UCUCCGCCGCCCCCUCCUCCUCCUGCUGCUGCUGCUCCUCCUCCUCUUCUCCCUCCUCCUCGUUGCUCCUCCCGGCCCGGUUGGCCGGACCCGACCCCUUCCCUCCUCCGGGGCUAGUCCUUCCCCCUCCCCCAACCCGCUCCGGUGCUGCGCGGUGCGGCCUGCAGGCACCAUGCAGGCGCCGCAGCUGCAGUACGACUUCUUCUGCGAGGACAACGCGCCCAAGUGGAGGGGGCUGCUCGUCCCCGCCCUCAAGAAGGUUCAGAUGCAAGUCCAUCCGACACUUUUAUCUACUGAGGACGCUCUCCAGUAUGUUGAAGAGUUAAUUCUACAGUUGUUAAGUAUGCUGUGCCAAGCCCAGCCUCGAAGUGUUUUAGAUGUAGAGGAGCGUGUUCAAAAAAGUUUUCCUCAUCCAAUCGACAAGUGGGCGAUAGCGGAUGCCCAGUCUGCUAUUGAAAAGAGGAAGCGAAGAAACCCAUUAUCUCUCCCAGUAGAAAAAAUUCACCCUUUAUUAAAGGAAGUCCUAGGUUAUAAAAUUGACCACCAAGUUUCUGUUUACAUAGUAGCAGUAUUAGAAUAUAUUUCUGCAGAUAUUUUAAAGCUGGUUGGAAAUUACGUGCGGAAUAUAAGGCAUUUUGAAAUUACAAAGCAAGACAUUAAAGUGGCAAUGUGUGCUGAUAAGGUUUUGAUGGAUAUGUUCCACCAAGAUGUUGAAGACAUAAGUGUAUUAUCUUUGACAGAUGAAGAGCCUUCUUCCUCAGGGGAGCAAAAUUACUAUGACCUAGUCAAAGCAUUUAUGGCUGAGGUUCGACAGUAUAUAAGGGAACUCAAUCUUAUCAUUAAGGUUUUUAGAGAGCCAUUUGCUUCCAAUUCAAAGUUAUUUUCAGCUCAUGAUGUAGAAAAUAUAUUUAGUCGAAUAGCAGAUAUUCAUGAGCUGAGUGUGAAGUUAUUGGGCCAUAUCGAAGACACAGUGGAAAUGACAGAUGAAGGCAGCCCCCAUCCAUUAGUAGGCAGUUGCUUUGAAGAUUUAGCAGAGGAACUGGCAUUCGAUCCAUAUGAAUCAUACGCUCAAGAUAUUUUACGAACUGGUUUCCAUGGUCAUUUUCUUAGUCAAUUAUCCAAGCCCGGGGCAGCACUCUAUUUGCAGUCAAUAGGAGAAGGUUUCAAAGAAGCUGUUCAGUAUGUUUUGCCCAGAUUACUUCUGGCCCCUGUCUACCACUGUCUGCAUUACUUUGAACUUCUAAAGCAAUUGGAAGAAAAGAGUGAAGAUGAAGAAGACAAGGAAUGUUUAAAACAAGCUAUAACAGCCCUUCUUAACCUUCAGAGUAGUAUGGAAAGAAUAUGUUCCAAGAGUCUUGCGAAAAGGAGGCUAAGUGAAUCUGCAUGUCGAUUUUAUAGUCAGCAGAUGAAGGGGAAGCAACUAGCAAUUAAGAAAAUGAACGAGAUCCAGAAAAACAUUGAUGGCUGGGAGGGAAAAGACAUUGGACAAUGUUGCAACGAAUUCAUCAUGGAAGGCACCCUCACCCGUGUAGGGGCCAAACACGAGAGACACAUAUUUCUCUUCGACGGCUUGAUGAUUUGCUGCAAAUCCAACCACGGCCAGCCGAGGCUUCCCGGGGCCAGCAACGCAGAGUACCGUCUCAAAGAGAAGUUCUUUAUGCGGAAGGUCCAAAUUAACGACAAGGAUGACACUAACGAAUACAAGCACGCCUUCGAGAUCAUCCUAAAGGACGAGAACAGCGUGAUAUUCUCGGCUAAGUCAGCGGAGGAAAAAAACAACUGGAUGGCCGCAUUGAUAUCUUUACAGUACCGGAGCACCUUGGAGAGGAUGCUCGAUGUGACCAUGCUGCAGGAGGAGAAGGAAGAGCAGAUGAGGCUUCCCAGUUCCGAGCUCUAUAGGUUUGCGGAGCCAGACUCUGAAGAGAACAUCGUGUUCGAAGAAAACAUGCAGCCCAAAUCGGGAAUCCCCAUCAUUAAAGCGGGAACUGUAAUUAAGCUUAUAGAGCGACUGACGUACCACAUGUACGCAGAUCCCAAUUUUGUUCGGACAUUUCUCACCACAUAUAGAUCUUUCUGCAAACCUCAAGAGCUUCUAAGUCUUCUUAUAGGAAGGUUUGAAAUUCCAGAACCUCAGCCAACCGAAGCGGAUCGGAGAGCGAUGGAAAAUGGAGAUCAGCCCCUUAGCGCAGAACUCAAAAGAUUUAGAAAAGAAUACAUUCAGCCCGUGCAGUUGCGGGUAUUAAAUGUAUGUCGGCACUGGGUAGAGCACCACUUCUAUGAUUUCGAAAGAGAUGCAGAUCUUCUUCAGCGGUUGGAAGAAUUUAUUGGGACAGUCCGAGGUAAAGCGAUGAAAAAAUGGGUUGAAUCCAUCACAAAGAUAAUCCAGCGGAAAAAGCAGGCCCAAGCCAACGGACCAAGCCACAACAUUACAUUUGAAAGUUCACCUCCUGCCAUUGAGUGGCAUAUAAGCAGACCAGGGCACACAGAGACUUUUGACUUGCUCACACUGCACCCAAUAGAAAUUGCCCGACAACUCACUUUACUUGAAUCUGAUCUUUACCGAGCUGUUCAGCCAUCAGAGUUAGUUGGAAGUGUGUGGACAAAGGAAGAUAAAGAAAUUAAUUCUCCUAACCUGCUAAAAAUGAUUAGGCACACCACUAAUCUCACCCUGUGGUUUGAAAAGUGUAUUGUAGAAACAGAAAAUCUGGAGGAGAGAGUAGCUGUCGUAAGUCGAAUAAUUGAGAUCUUACAAGUAUUUCAAGAAUUGAACAAUUUUAAUGGUGUGCUAGAAGUUGUAAGUGCCAUGAACUCAUCUCCUGUAUAUAGACUAGACCACACAUUUGAGCAAAUACCGAGUCGCCAAAAGAAAAUUUUAGAAGAAGCUCAUGAAUUGAGUGAAGAUCACUAUAAAAAAUAUUUGGCAAAACUCAGGUCUAUUAAUCCACCAUGCGUGCCUUUCUUUGGGAUUUAUUUGACUAAUAUCUUGAAAACAGAAGAAGGCAAUCCCGAGUUUCUUAAAAGGCAUGGGAAAGAACUGAUAAACUUUAGCAAAAGGAGGAAAGUGGCAGAAAUAACAGGAGAGAUCCAGCAGUACCAAAACCAACCAUAUUGCCUACGAGUAGAAUCUGACAUCAGAAGGUUCUUUGAAAAUUUGAAUCCAGUGGGAAAUAGCAUGGAGAAGGAAUUCCCAGAUUACCUUUUCAACAAGUCCCUGGAAAUAGAGCCACGUAAUCCCAAGCCUCUACCAAGAUUUCCCAAAAAAUACAGCUAUCCCCUCAAGUCACCUGGCGUUCGUCCAUCCAACCCAAGACCCGGUACCAUGAGGCACCCUACCCCGCUGCAGCAGGAGCCAAGGAAAAUCAGCUACAGUCGGAUCCCCGAAAGCGAAACCGAGAGCACAGCGUCCGCACCCAAUUCUCCACGAACCCCGUUAACGCCACCCCCUGCCUCUGCUGCCUCCAGCACCACAGACGCUUGCAGUGUGUUCGAUUCCGACCACUCAAGUCCCUUUCACUCAAGCAGCGAUACCAUCUUUAUCCAAGUUUCCCUGCCCCAUGGCCCACGAUCCGCUUCAGUAUCAUCCAUCAGCUUUACCAGGAGCACCGAUGAAACACCCGUCCCUCCCCCGGUCCCUCCAAGGAGGCGGCCAGAGUCCGCCCCAGCGGAAUCGUCUCCAUCCAAGAUGAUGUCUAAGCAUCUGGACAGCCCUCCGGCGAUCCCUCCCCGGCAACCCACGUCGAAAGGCUAUUCCCCACGGUACUCGGUGCCGGACGCCCGGACCCCUCUGUCGGACCCUCCCGAAAGCCCUCCUUUACUGCCGCCCCGAGAACCCGUGAGGACCCCGGAUGUCUUCUCCAGCUCACCGCUACACCUGCAGCCUCCCCCUCUGGGCCGCAAAAGCGAACUCGGCAACGCCUUCUUCCCCAACAGCCCCACUCCCUUCACUCCCCCUCCCCCCCAGACCCCUUCUCCUCACGGGACCCGCAGGCACCCGCCCUCGCCCCCGUUGAUCCCGCAAGACGUGGACCUCCACUCCGUCGCCGGGCCGCCCGUACCUCCGCGACAAAGCACUUCUCAACACAUCCCCAAGCUUCCUCCCAAAACGUACAAGAGGGAGCCCACUCUCCCAUCCAUGCACCGGGACGGGCCCCCGCUGUUGGAGAACGCCCACUCCUCCUGAGUACUUUGGUGCCGGGGCGCCCAUCUUCCCACCAGCCCUUAAGUCCAUUGCUGGCAAUGGAGGCCCCCCGAACCUGCCAGCACCAAGGAGUUUUCACAUGUGUGCUCCAAACACUAAAGACUACAUAAGAAUGCAGUAUACAUGGACGAUGAAUCUUAAGCCUGACAUUUAUUAGUGAAACGAUUUGGUAUCCGCUCCCUCCCCCACCCCAACCCCAAAAUACACAGGCAACCAAACUAGAGCAAUUGGAUGGCCGUUUGCACCUGAAAACCCACGAGCGAGACUCUUCUGGCCAAUAAAUAAGGGAUUGUGUUUUGUGCGGUGACCUCUUCAGUUAAAGGGAUGGGAAGCUGCCUGGCGAACAGCAGGCCGAUUCAGUGACACAGUUUUUGAAACUCAAAUAUUAUGCACUUUGUAAAAAAAAAAAAAACCCACAAAGAAAAAGAAAGGAAAAAAAAAAAUCUCAAACAGGGAUCUUUCUAUCCUCCUUAGUUUUCCUUUGCUUUACUCCCUGCUUUAGGAUACUUUCUUAAAAAAAAAAAACCCAUUGAAAGAACCAUGAGGAAGAUGUGUGGUACCUUAGUGGCCUCCUCAGAGCCGAGGCAUCACGCAGUCCUGUUUACAGAUUGUUCAGUAAAUAGUGUGGGUACCUGGGCUUCACCAAAGAGGUACUUUGUUUUUCUUUGUCGUUGUCGAUGUCGUCGUCGCUGUCGUUCUUGUUUCAGAAUUACUCUAGUGCCAGUUCAAACGAGAUUUUUGCCAGGGAGCAUAAUACGGUAUUAUUGCCUUCAAACAAGAGAGAAUCAAGUUGUACGUCAUUAGGGUGACAGCAAAACGGGGAGAAAAAACGGAAAACAAAAACCAAACUCUGUUCUCAUCCAAUAUAUUCCUCACGUUUAGAAGACUGUUAACGUAUGGUAGUUCAUCACCUUCUUUUCAAGGUUUACCGAUAAUCCAUUUCAUGGCCCAUAGCUGUUCCGCUCCUAUGCGUGCCGGGGAAAUGCAGUCGCCGAAUGUGAAAAGGGGCAUCGCCGGGCACCGUCGACACUUGUCAUGUUUUACUAACAGUAGAGUCAUCGGCAUACAGUGCUCUGCACACAGUAAGCGCUCAAUAAAUACGAUCGAAUGAAUCUAGAAUCACCUUGCAGCUGUUUAAAUCAUGUGUAUAUAGUGAAUGUUACAUAAAUAUACUUGGCAGAUUUGUUUAAUUUAAAUUGAAUAAUAAAAAUAAAGAUAACAGGUAUUUCA